AUGUGGUAUGAAUUAGAUUAUGUUGAACGAGUCGUCGAUGAAAAACAUUUUUCACUGAAGACUUAUCCAAAUGGAUCUCCGACAAUACCAAAAAAAGAAUCAUUCAUUAUCUAUGAACGAAAUUCAAAGUUACCCUUUGGACAUGUAGCUGUUAUUGUUGAUGUAGUACCAGGUUAUAUUAAUGUUGCUGAACAAAACUAUUAUUAUUACUAUUGGUCCAAUAAUUAUGCUCGACAGAUUCCAUUGACAUACAAGAAUGGUCGUUAUUAUAUCGAAGAUUACUAUCGUAUAUAUGGAUGGAUGGAAGUUCAAGAUAAUAAUCAAUUAAAACCACUUGAUGCAGCAACUAUUAAGAUAAUUUCUACACGAAACAGAGUUUCCGAUUGA